AUGCUAUUGGCCCUUACUUUACCAUUCGGAGGAGCAUACCACGUAGCCAUCGACUUUCAUAGACCGUCGAACGGGCAAGACGUGGAGUUCUACUCAAAGUUCUCUAUGGUUCUGACGACCUGGCACCUCGGACUUGUCGAGAUGAAAUCGUUGGCAUUAUGGGAUAUGGAACGGGCCGACCCGUUUCUCCGGAUGGAAAUACCUUUUGAUCAAGUCAUUCGUACGGCCUCGGUCCUCACAUUGUGCCUCCCGCGGAUUUCAGACACAAUCAACUACAUUUCAUCUGCUGAACUUGAAGCCAUGCAAUCCCACGCUGUUCUGGUGAAUGUGUCCCGCGGUGGUAUUGUUGAGGAAGGAGCCUUAGUCAAGGCUUUGGAAAAUGGGAACAUUGCUGGUGCAGCCACAGAUGUCUUCAAGAAAGAGCCUGUGAGUGAUGGAGACAGUCCCUUGCUAGGUGAUCGAGUUCAAGACUUGAACCUUGUUACCACUCCACAUACGGCAUGGGUUUCGGAGGAAGACGUUGUGGGCAAAUGUCGCUGUAUUCAUAUGCGCGAGACCGAUCAACUCGGUGCCCCAGAAAAUGAACUACAUGAGGUCAUAUGA